AUGCGUCUCACCCCCAUCACCCUCGCCCUAACCACCCUCUCCACAACCUCCGCCUUCAUCUCUGGCAUCACCGUCCCCGCCACCAUCGCCCCCAACAAACCCUACACCAUAACCUUCGACGAAAGGUUCGACUCGUCAAACCUCUGGACCGACGUCGCCGUAACAUGGGGCUACAACAAUCCCCCUGGCAGCAUCAACAGCGUAGGGCAAUACGCAACCAUUUACCACCUGCCCCCGAACCCCAAGCAGGCGCCGGUGAAGCUGACGACGACGGCGCCGGAUCAUAUUCAGCUGUUUAAUAAGCAGAAGAAGAUUGAGAUUGUGGCGGCGGUGUUUACGGUGGGGUCGUUUGUUGGGAAUGUGGGGUUUACGACGUUUAAUGUUACGGUGGAUGUUGGGGAUAAGGUUAGUGAUAAGUUGGUGUCGAGCACGGGGUUUCUUGUGGCGCCUUAG